CUGGUUUGCAUCAUAUUCUGCCAUAUAUAUAGGGUGUUUUGGUUUGUUUUUCUGCAGUGCUUUUUUACAUGUAUGUGAUCUUUCUUUUUGCUUUCAGGUCUUGAAUAUAAACUUACAUAAGUUCUAAAAAUGGGAAGGAUUUUUCUGGAUCAUAUUGGUGGCACUCGCCUGUUCUCCUGUGCAAACUGUGACACAAUUCUGACCAAUCGUUCUGAGCUCAUCUCCACUCGUUUUACAGGGGCCACAGGAAGAGCCUUUCUUUUUAAUAAGGUGGUAAAUCUGCAAUACAGUGAAGUUCAGGAUCGGGUCAUGCUCACUGGCCGCCACAUGGUUCGAGACGUGAGCUGCAAGAACUGCAACAGCAAACUGGGUUGGAUCUAUGAAUUUGCCACUGAAGACAGCCAGCGCUACAAGGAAGGCCGUGUUAUCCUGGAAAGAGCGUUGGUCCGAGAGAGUGAAGGAUUUGAGGAGCAUGUUCCAUCUGACAAUUCCUGAAGAGACUUGAGUCUCUUGGCAGGUUCUCUUCAACUGAAACUCAAAAAUAAUAAAAUCAACAAAAAAAUCUGCUUACAUACACUGUCACCUUAGCAUCAGAGUCGGAUUCAUGGACUAGAGUGGGAAAGAUUGUGAGAGUAUUUCAGAUGGAACCUUCCUUUUGUUAUUCCUUUUGUAUUUUACUUUCCCUCCAGAUGCUGUAACUUUUUCUCUCUUGCAUUUACAUCUGUUAGAUUUGAGAUUGUAUCUACAGAUACAGUGGGCUAAA